UAUUGACAACAGGAUCUGCUCCUGCUUAUCUUUUCUGUUUGCAACCAGUUAUUCACUUUGCUUAGACUCUUCUGUUACACAGCCUCGAGGUCUCCCCUCCCACCACCCUCCCUCCCUACAGUUUCCUCAGCUGCACAAAGCAAGCGUUCUGGUCUCAGUGCAGCGGACAAAGGUCUGACAGGAAGUCUGCUGCUGAAGAAUAUUGCAUCCCCGCAGCGCACUCCCCACAUUAAACUCCAGGCUAAUGAAAACAAUCUGUUGAGGAAGAGAGAGCGCGAGUAAGAGAGAGAAAGAGAGAACGAGAGCAGAGAGGAGAGAGAUCACAAGCCUUAUUCCCAACUGAUGGCAGGAGGAAAUUAAACACAAGAGGAAGCUAUUGCAAGACCAAAGACCGAGAAGUACGGUGACUUCUGCCAACUUUGUCCUUUACCUCCAAGAGCUCCUUCGUAGAAGCCGCUUGCUGAGAGGACGCUUAUUUCAUCCAAACCAGUAGCUCAACACGUGACACCUCUACUCCGUCUCAUUCUACGUCCAUCACAGAAUAUCCGCCAUUAUCCGACCUUGGACCCGCCUGUGGAAGUCAACAAUGGCCAUUUGGUUGAUCUUAUUACAGCUUGUUCUUGCGAUCAUGGGCCGGUGUACGCCAAUGCCCCUCUUCAAUGCUACCGGCAGUACAUUGACGUCUUCUGAAGAAGCAUCUGGUACUUCUGAAUCUGAAGUCACGAGUGCGAAUGUGUCAUCUUUUAACAGUGAAGUCUCAACGAAAGUUGGCAUGACCAGUGUAAGCUACACAUCCUUCUCUGACGUUACCCUUUCCAAGCCUCCCCUCAUCGGCAGAAUUAUAAUGAAGUUUAUUUCACAGUACAUGGUAUUCAUCAUCAUUAUUGCAGCCACUCUGGUCUUACUGCUGAUCGUCGUAUGCACCGUCAUAUUCACGAAGCUACGCAAGGGUUCGGCUUACUACCCGUCCUCUUUCCCCACAAAAAAGUACGUGGAUGAGCAGGACAAAAGGGGUUCCAGCAAGAACUUUGAGGAGGUCACUGGGAUGGUCAGUGGCGAGCCUAGAGAGGACACGGUCGACUCCACGGAGCAGCUGCAAAGCGACAUCCUCUCCGCGAACCACAACCUCAAAAAGAAGGCGCCAUCCAAGGGUGAGGAGAGGCAGGAGGUCGGUGCUUCAGGAAAGGGAGAGCCCAAUCAAGAGGAGGGCAAGGAGGGCAGGGACAGGACAGGUCUGGAGGCAGGAACCAAUGAGGAAGGCCAGAUGUCUGACAGCAACACUGCCAGAGAGCCUGAAAAGGACCGGAAUGAAAAAUCAGCAGAGCAGGAAGACAAGAAGGGAGGGAUUGAAGGAGCAGAGAAGGAGAAGGAUAAAAUGGAGUUGGAAACUGGAGUGGCCCUGGGCCACAGCUUGCAACAGCCGUCCAGCCAGGCUGCUGAUAAACCACAUUUUGAUGCAGAUGCAGCCUCAGACAAAGCAGGUGAAGCUGGUGGCCAGGAGCCAAAGGAAGUCAAGUUUGCUGAGCAGGGUGUAAGUGAAUCAUCCAGUGUUGCUGAUCAUUGCAAGGACCUCGAGGACACCCCACUGAUCUUGAAGCCCAGUGACACCGGGGCUCUCUAACCGACCAACCACAGGCCAAAUCAAUAUCAGAUUGACGCGAGGAUUACUUGAAUGUUGCCCACACAGAGAAUUUUCUCAGCUUAUAUCAAUGCCACUCAUUUUCAAGCAGAUGCUUUCAAAAACAUAUUUUUCAAUAGUAGAAUACGCAAGAGAAACUUUUUCAGGAAAAUAUAAACUGUGGAAAAAAAGCAAAGUUCUAUUACUUCUCUUAAUGUUACCCCACACCUGUAAGAUUAAACUUUGGUUCCCUCUAUAUCAAGAGGAAAAUAAUUAACAUAAAACUUGGAUAAUCUAAACUAUAUAAAUAGCGCUUACUUUAACCACCUUAAACAAUUGUGGGCUUGAUUAACAGAGAUGAUGCUUCAAAUUGGAAGAAUGUUCAGUCAGGUCACCCACAAGUCAAAACUCCAUUGUUAACUUAAACUUAGAAAUAUUUCAGUUGUGCUGCCACCAAUCUCCCUCAUUAUUAACUAAAUUUCAUCCAUCCAGCUUGAUACUUACAGCUAGCCGGUGGUGUAACGGCAUCUGCCUCGGACUUCGAAGUGAGUGGUCCUGGGUUCGAAUCCGGCCAUCUCCUUGCUCGUUUUCCAUCUGUGCUGGGUUGAGCAUCGAGCUAGCAACUCAGCCUCACAAAAAAACAGAAAAUGCUAAAGAAAUGGCAAACAUGCUGCCCAAUAAACCACAGGGUGCAGAGAGGAUCAACAACAAUAACUAGAUACUUGAAGCCAACUUUGAACCCCUGCUUCUGAGUCCACUGAACAUCUGGGCUCAGAAAGAAGCCCAACAGUUUCACGGCCCCUUCAAAUCUUCCUGCAAACUGGAAUUUAGUGAAUAAAGAUCUUCCUCGUCUCUCCAAAUUGUUCACGUAUCAGGUUAAGGGAACAGAUCCGUAGAUAAGGUCCAUUCAUAGAACUUCCAAAGAAGUCAUUUGUCAAAAAAGCAGCUAGAUAAUAUCAUUUCUCAAAAUCGAAGAACUGCUGGAUGUUUUAGCCUUGCAUCGGCAGGACCCAAAACUUAAAAUGAUUUUUUUUUAUCUAUCACAACAUUGGAUAAUUUAGUCCUAACACAAGUGCCCAUGGAUUGGAAAAGCUCAACUCAAAGAAUUCUUUUUUUUAAUUGAUUGUUCAGGCAGGAUCUGAACAAAAUUAAACAUAUAGUGACUAAUUGGGGUGAAGCUCCUUGAAGGAAACUUAAAGCUUGUCAGACUGAGUUGCAACAGCCAAUCAUAUAGCUUGAGCACAACUCUUUCAUUUUAGCGGUAACUUUAGCCAAGUGGUUUACAUUACUUGUAUAUUUUUUUAGUAAAACUAGACACCAUGUGACAAAUGCUCUGAAAUCUAGCGGAAUCCAAACAUGCUGGGUUCCUCAUGUGUGUGGAGUGAGCAAUUCAGAGUGUUUUCAGCUGCAGGGUGAACCCAGUGCCAGUACAAUUGAGGUGCUAUGGUGGUAGGCUUAAUCAGUAAUCACCUAUGCACUUCCUCACUUACUGCCCAUUACGCCGAUGGUGCUUGGGGUUGCAAUGACCAUACUGUCGCACACAGAUAUAGGAGCAUUCGUCAUUGCUGUUUUUGUAAUAAUUUUUGUUUGGCCAGUCUGGGUCGUUAACCCUGAGCUGAACCCCCGAUCUUGUAGGACCGGUGGACCACUCUUGGUCUGGCCUCUACCCUUUGACCUGUUUGGUGUGGGUGACCCUCAAAGCACAAAGCCCUGACUCCAGCCAACACAGCCCUCCAGGUCACUGAGGCACGCAAGCCUCCAAACCGUGGCAAGGUUGUGGUCCUCUUGGAAGGGAUCACCUAUUAGCAACCUGUAAGUCUGGGGAGUCAGCCACGACCACAAUCCAAUGGUUUCAUGGUCAGGAACUUUUUUUAAAAUUAUGUUUUGUAAGGCUGGCAAACUUCUGGGACAUUGGGCUCUUGUUCUGCUAUGGAGAGCUUGGCAUCAAGCUCUGAAAUGAGGAGUGCUGUCUGUGGUCCGAGUUAUAUUUUACUUUCCCCUUUCCCCAUACAGUCAUUAUGUGCUGUGCCGUAUGAUGUAGGCUGUGUCCCAUGACCAUGAUUGUUCUUGGCAAAUUUUUCCACAGACAUGGUUUGCCUUUGCCAUCUUCUGCCUUUACAAGAUGUGUGACCCCAGCUAUUGUCAAUACUCUUCAGGGACACCUGCUUCCAUGGCUUCACGUGACCCUGAUCGAGGGGCCAAGCAGGUCUUCACCUUGUCCGAGGGUGACCUGCAGGCUAGUGGGGGGAAGGAGCACCUUACGCCUCCUUUGGUAGAGACAUAUAGCCACCUUACCACCUGCAUAGAGCACUAUGGCACAAAAACAGGCCCUUCAGCCCAUCUAGUCUGUGCCAAACUGUUAUCCUGCCUAGUCCCAUUGACUCGCACCUAGACCAUAGCUCUCUAUACCUCUCCCAUUCAUGCGCUUAUCCUCAUUUCUCUUAAAUGUUGUAGUCAGACCCACACCCACCUCUUCCGCUGACAUCUCCUUCCACACUUGCACCUCUCUCUGACUGAAAAAGUUCCCUCUCAGGUUCCCCUUAAAGAUUUCACCUUUCACCCUUAAUCUAUCACCUCUAGCUCUGGUGUCACCCAACCAGAGUGGAAAAAGCUUGUUUUUAUUUGUCUUAUCUAUAACACUUGUAAUUUUGUAUACCUCUACAAAAUCUCCCCUCACUGCCCAGCCCAUGGGUGCUGCAGUCUUUGCCUCGUCCUUCCCAGGACAGCUCGUGCUGGGACAGCAUGCAAGUGCAGACCUGGAACAUCAGGGAAAGGAAAGCAAAGUGUAAAUAUUGGAAAUCUUGAGAUUCACAGCAUGUUGUCACUUUCAGAUUACAGUGGAGGGUGAGCUAGCUUUGCCCACUCUGGGCAGACGCCCUACUCCUGCCUUUAUUAUUCUGAAGGAAGCUCAUGCAGAUAAUCAGUACAGUUUACAUCCGUUUUGCCAUCUACAAUUACACUGGUCAUUUUUAAAACAGCGAAUGCCCCCUUCCAAUUUUGAUCAUUCUUCCACCGGCCUUCCGCCUCCUGUUCCCAGUGAUGCGCAGCCUCCAAGGGAUCUAUACUUGGAAUAACCCGGUGGGUGGUGGUGUGGUGUGACUGAGGGGCAGGAGGAGAAGAUAUGGAAGGGGUCACCUGCAGCGAGAGCUUUUCAGCCUUCUUCACCCCCACCCUCCCCCAAGAAACCAUUGAGCCUCUCACCCUCUCCACAGGGGGUGUCAAGUACUAAGUGUGUGAGGCUGUGGCGCAUUGAACUUUGUGACCCGCACACACCCUCCCAGGAUGUCCAACCCUAACUACACCUCCGUUGUCCUGCACUGAGGGUCUCACACAACACACAGAGCCGGUCAACAUGAACUUUUCUGUGUAAUGCUUUUUUUUUGUUGAGUUUUAAGGUCGAUGUAGUGGAACUUACUGCUGGCUAUAUGCAAUAAUAAAUCAUUUUUAAUAAAACAAGAGCUUUCCUUUCUUUUA